UUUGACCCGGAAGUAGUAUUAACGUUGUGGAAACGUGAUUCGAGCGGUAGCUCUGCGCUUAAACAUUUGAACACAAUUGAGAAGAAGAAAGCUAUCAAAUAUGAGUUUGUUAAACAAGCCCAAAUCUGAGAUGACCCCAGAGGAGCUCCAGAAGAGAGAGGAGGAAGAGUUUAACACCGGUCCCCUUUCAGUCCUCACACAAUCUGUGAAAAACAACACACAGGUUCUUAUCAACUGCCGAAACAACAAGAAACUACUAGGCAGAGUCAAGGCGUUUGACAGGCAUUGUAACAUGGUGCUGGAAAAUGUCAAAGAAAUGUGGACUGAGGUGCCCAAGAGUGGUAAAGGCAAGAAGAAAUCCAAGCCAGUCAAUAAGGAUCGCUACAUCUCAAAGAUGUUUCUGAGAGGUGAUUCGGUCAUUGUGGUCCUGAGGAAUCCACUCAUCACGGGGAAAUAGGCCUGAUGUGUGACACUUCAGUUCAUACAGGAGACUUCAAGUGCAGGUAGUCUCCUGGGAAGCCAGCUCUACUCUACAGCUGACCUCAACUCAAAUUGACUUUUCUUUUACACUUGAGACAGUACAUUUUUUUACCACAUAAUAUACAUUGUGCUGUGUCACAUACAAGAUCAUCAUGACAGAAUGCCUGCUUUGUCGGCCUGAGAAAUGGCCAAAGUUUCAUUUUUUGUUUGUUUUGAACCUGUCAUAUAGCAAUGCCUAUUGUGAAGGCAUACUGGAGUUGACUUUUUUUCUAAAUAAAGUUUUGGAUAUUCAAACUUC